AUGGCGGCUGCGGCUGACGAGAAGCAGGGUGAUCGUCUAAAUCGACUGAAACAACUGCAGAUUAAGAUUGACGAGGCAAAGAAGGCUAACCAUAUCCAGGUGGUUGAAGAGGACAGGCGCAAGCACCUGCCCUCUAAUUGGGAAGCAAAGCAAGCGAGAAUGCGUUGGGAAGAGGAGGAGGAUGCAUUUCGGACGGAAUGUGCCAGGAAAGGCGUUGAUGUAGAUAGAGCUAAGAAUCUGAACAUUUCUGCAGAACUUGUUAAUCGUCUGGAAUUGCGGAAGAGGCGUAAAAGGCCUCACCUCAGCGUUGAUGACGAAGCAGGGGAUGUUGCUGGUUUUACAUCAUAUGCAGACGCUUCACAUAAGAAGUAUCUUAAGCAAACCAAGGCCCUCAAGCCGGAUUUGGUGGCUUAUCAGAAACAGAAGGAAAGACUCUGGACUAACCGGCGUUUCCGCCAAUCUCACAUUGACAGGGGUGAUUUAGUCUAUCCAACGGCACACACUAUUGGUCUGGUGGAGGCAAUACAGACAGGGACUGAAAGCAGUCGAGAGGCAGUGGAGAGGAUGGUCAAUACGCUGAAGGAGCAGGAGAAGAAGAAGGCUGUUUACAGUCGCCGUCGCGCCUUUGACCCAGAUGCCGAUAUUGACUACAUCAACGAGCGUAACAAGCGCUAUAACGAGCUCCUCGAUCGCCACUACGGAAAGUACACUGCGGAAAUUAAGCAGAAUUUGGAACGAGGCACUGCUCUAUAG